CUAGCUUUACGUGGUUUUGUUGUACCUCACACUCCACUAAGCUGACUUCAACUUUGUACGCUGUUGUCUCAACGAAAAAAGAUGAAUGCAAAACAGUUAAUCGAGAAAGAUAAUGCUUUGCUGAAAGACAUAUUUGAYUUGUACGAUACGACCGGAGCAGAGAGAAUCAAUGUCAGCUAUCUUGGGCAAUGUCUACGAGCAGCUGGACUCAACCCAACCCAGGCAGAAGUUCGMAAAGUAGAACGAAACUUCGGCAAGGAUACCAUGGCYUUCGAGGAGUUUGUGCCGAUYUAUCAUUCCGUAGUUCAGCACUGUGCUACCACAGAAAAAAAGGUUUCGUCCGAGGCUGUGAUCGACUGCUUCAAGCACUUCGACAGAACGGAGAGCGGUGUUAUAUCAUCAUCUAUGCUUCGGCAUGUACUCACAUCACUUGGGGAGAAAAUGACAGAUGAGGAGAUCGAUGCGCUUAUAACAGGCCAYGUGAAUAAUCGUGGCGAGAUCGACUAUGAAACUAUGGUAAAAGAAAUCCUCAUGAUCGAAAAUUGAGACAUUCAUAGAUACUAGAGAUUUUUAUAUAAUUUUCCUUAGAUAGUAUAAAUGACUUUAAUAAUUGUAUAUGACCCCUACUAUGUCAAUAAUAUUCGGUUUAUCUGUUUUGGAUAUCUAAAAUAUGCUCGAUAUACAUGUCAAUGUCUUAAUAUAGAAUCAGUUAUCUAAAGAGACCAUCCCCUAACUGUACAAUAGUACUACGAGAUCGCUGUCAUGUUGUGGGAGRCUUACCCCUGCUUAAGUGAAAUUCAAGAACUAUGGUUUUCUAUACAAUAUUAGGUUCUAUAAAUAAUKAUAUGGUGUUCAUAGAGCGAUGGCCACGCGUUGUAAUUGUAGUAGUAAUUUUUUGCAUUUUAUUSAAUAAAUAAGUUAACAAAUGUCAAA